CAGAAUCCCGCGCAACUCACGAAAUUAGGAGUCGCGAGCGGCAACCGGCGUUUCGGGCAGAUCUGUGAGGAGAGCAAAAGCAAUAAUCAAGGCCCCGCCACCAUCGCCGCGAUGUCCGUCGUCGCGGACUCUGCGGCCGCCGUUCCUGCGGCUGAGGACGGCAAGAUGCCGCGUGUGACGGUGAAGGAGGCCAAGGGCGGCUCGGCCGCAGAUGUGCAGCCUGUGGCAGACAACGCAGCCCCGGGUGCCGCGGGCGCCCCCGCCGGAGAUGCCGCCGCGGCUGGCGUUGGCGCGGCGGCCGUGCCCCCUGCGGGCGUGCCCGCGGGCCCCGCCGAGGGCGCCGCCGGCGCAGGCGCUGCCGAUGCCGGCGGCUUGGUCGCCAACGGUGAUGGCGGUGGCGACCAACCGGGCGAUGGCAAUGCUAACGGAUAUUAUGAUGGUUAUGGGUUUGAUGAUGAGGAGGAGGAUGAGGACCUCGACAACUUCAUGGCGAAGGCGUAUCAGCUGUUUCUGGAGGCCACGCCGCCGGUGCCCGAGUGCAUGUCGGCGGCGGAGGCGGCCCAGAUAGCCGCCGCAGUGCUGGCCAACCUGCCCAACCCCGAGGCGCCCGCCGCCGGCGCCGCCGCCGCGCCGCCUGCCGCCGCCGCCGCCGCCGCCGGUCUGGACGACGACGGCGCCAUCAACCUGACAGAGCCGGGAGUUGCGGGCAAGUCCAAGGGCGCCGGCACCUCCACGGGCGCCACAGCGCCGCCGCCCGCCGCCGCCGCCGGGGCCAGCGGCUCCAAGGCGAGCGCCAGGGCCUCAGAGGACAUCAGCAAGGCCGCCGCCAAGGCCCCCGCCGCACCUCAGCAGCCCGCCGCCGCCGCCGCCGGCGCAAAGGAGGCGGAGGAGGCCGCCGCCGCCGCCGCCAAGGCAGCCGCGGACGAGCUGCUGCGGCAGGAGGAGGCGGAGAAGGAGAAGAAGCGCAAGGCCGAGGAGAAGAAGCAAAAGGCGGAGGAGGAGAAGCGUCGCAGGGAGGAGGAGAAGGCGCGGAAGGCGCGGGAGGACGAGGAGCGCAAGGCGCGGGAGGAGGAGGAGCGGAAGGCGAAGGCGGAGGCGGAGCGCAAAGCGGCCGCCGAGCGCAAGGCGAAGGCGGAGGCGGAGGCGCGCGCCAAGGCGGAGGCGGCGGAGGAGGAGCGCAAGGCCAAGGCGGCGGAAAAGGCCCGCAGGAAGGCGGAGGCGGAGGCGAAGAAGAAGGCGGAGGAGGACGCGGCGGCGGAGGCCAAGCGCCAGGAGGAGCAGGCGAAGGCUGCCGCAGACGCCGAGGCCGCGGCUGCUAAGAAGGACAAGAAGGCCAAGAAGGGCGCGGCCGCCGCCGCUGCCGCGGAGGCGCCCGCCGCGCCGGCCGAUGCCGCCGGCCCCUCCACCUCCCGUGUCAUCCCGCCCGGCCUGGCGGCGGUCAACCCAGCCCUGGCGGCGGCGGCGGCCGCGGCCCGCGGGCCGCUGCCGCAGCCCGUGGCGGCCGGCGGCGCCGGCGGCGUGCGGCCCGUGGCGGCCGGCGGCUUUGCCAAUGUGCCCAUCACCGUCGGCAUCGCCGCCGGCCCCGCGGCCGCUGGCGUGCGGCCGGCCGGCGUGGGCGUCGUGCCUGUGGUGGCGGCGCGCCCGGUCGUGCCCGGCUCCAUCCCCAUCGUGGCGGCGGCGCCCGGCGUGCCGGUGGUGCCGGGCAUGCCGCAGGUGAUUCAGGCCGUGCCGGGUAUGCCGUACCGGCCCGUGGCCGCCGGCGGCGGCCCCGUGCCCGUGGUGGGCGGCCCCGUGCCCAUCACCGUGCAGCCGUUCAUUCCCGGCGCGCGGCCGGUGCCGGUGGCGGCCGGCGGCGCGCCCGCCAUCCCCAUCGUGAAUGUGGCGGCUGGCGCCGCCGCCGGCGUGCGGCCGGUGAUGGUGAUGCCCGGCGCGCGCAUCGUGCCCGGCGCCGCGCCCGGCGUGGCGGCGCCGCAGGCGGCGGCGGGCGCCGCCGCCCCCGGCGGCCGGCCCAUCAACGCCAUGGCCGCCGCCUUCAUGCAGUACCGCACCGGCAAGACGACGGCGCCGGCCGGCGCGGCGGCGCCAGCCGCCGCCGCCGCCGCGCCGGCGGCGGCGGCCGCCGCCGCGGGCGGCGGCCACCACGACGAGGACGAGCACCUGUGCACGGUGUGCCUGGACGAGCACCGCACGGUGCUGCUGUUGCCGUGCGAGCACCUGGUGCUGUGCGAGAACUGCCUGCCGCAGAUCCGCGCCAAGGACAACCUGUGCCCCAUGUGCCGCGAGCCCAUCCAGAACGUGAGCAUCCUCUCCCAGUGAGGCGGUGCGUGUGGCGGUGGCGGCGGCGGCAGUGGCGGCGGCGGUGGCUGCGGCGGCUGCGCUCCUGAUGGGGUGGGGUGGGGUGGGGUGGGAAGGCGGUGGGUUUGGUGGGAGAACUGCGCAAACGCAGGGCGGUGAGGGAGGGAGGAGGGGCAUACAGGAGGUCGGAGGAGCGAAACACGGUGUCUUGUGUUCAAUAGAAAUGCGUGCAGUUCUGUGCUUUGGUUGGAUGCGUUAUGAAAGAGCGGUGGCGCUGAGUUCGCUUGGGCUGUUGCUAGAAGAGCAGGUGCCGCAGGGUUGAUUUACACAUGGCCCUGGCACUUUGGGGCGUAGCAAAGCUGGAUAGGGAAGGACUGUUGCAAGCAGGAGGGCCGCCGGGACGGUUUGUGUUACUACAGCGGGUGUGGCGUUUAGCAGGCCGUUGCUUUUGGACUGCGCACGAGUAUCGGGGCGGCAGAUGGGGGACAUUCUAAUUGACUGACCGCUGGGCGUGGUUGCAGAGGGUCAGAAUUGCUGUAAAGGCAUGCCUGC